AUGCCCGAGGCCUCGGUGGGCAGCACGGGGAUGGGCUCACUCCCCAAGCCAAAGGCGUGGAGCAGCUCAGGAAUCACGGAGGCCAAUGUCCUGCGAACAGCAGUGCGAGGAAAAGGUGAAUGCAGAAAAUGCUUUAUUUGGGGCGCAAGGCGGCACAAAAGCCGUUUUCAGCAGAAUCUCCAGGCCCCGCCAACCCUCACACCAGCGCGGGGGCGGGGCCGCCUCAGCGCGCACGCGCCGGGCCCCUCCCGAGCCUCGCGACCUUCGCUCGCGCCGUCCGCCGGCCCCGCCCCUGCCGCCCAGGGGGGAGUCUCGCGCCGGCCCCCCCGCCCUCGCGCCCCGCCUCGCCCCUCUUCGCUAUUCUCGGUUAAAGCGCCCGCGCUCGCCGCUUUUCCGGGUCUGGGGGAUGCGCGCCGGCUGAGCGGGGCGGGGGGUCCGGGCGGCACCGGCGGCUCCCCGGCAGCUCGAACGGAGGCGCGCGCUCGGUCCCGCCCGCGGGGGCUCCUCUCCGCGGGACCCUCCGCCGCCCCGCGCCGCGGAAGCUCCCCGCCGGCCGCGCGCUUUGGUGCGGGCGCGGGAAGGGCGGAGCCGCGGGGGCCGCGCGCGGGGAGUCCCGGCGGGCCGGUAAGUUGGCGCAGGGCGCGAUGGGGAGCGGCGCCGGCCCGGGACCGCGCCGGGAAGCCGCCGCCGCCCGCCCCGAGCGCCGCCAGCGCCGCUGAGGCCCGGCCGAGCCCCGAGCGCCAGCCCGGCGGCGGGCACCGCGCCGGCCCUGCCCGGCUCCGCCGAGCCGCCCGCUCCGCCCCCAGCGCGGGGCGAGUGUCGCGGCCGGAGCGCCCCGGCGGGAGCCCAGCGGCGGAGGAUGAGCGCCCCGCCGCGUUCCCCCGGCGCGGGCUCCGCGGUGCCCGGUGUGUUCGCACUCUGCCCCCGGGCUGGCACCGGAGCGCGGUGUUUGUUCAUUGCUCUGCCGAGCCCGAGCUCCGGGGAGCGGCGCGGUUCGGAACGCCCCGGGACUUAAACACUAUCUAUUCUUUCCUUCAUGGACUGGACAUACUCUCGCAUUUCAGGGAGCAUCAGCUGAGAAUAAUGUCAUCGAGUGCCCGCUAUGAGAGGUACAAGGGCAACCAAGUCCUCUUUUGCUCAGAAACUAUUGCAAGAUGCUGGUAUAUCCUACUUUCUGGAUCUGUGCUCAUGAAGGAUUCCAUGUUUUUACCACCUUGCAGUUUUGGCAAGCAGUCUGGAGGAAAGCGAGGAUGCGAAUGUAUCAUAUUGGAGCCUUCAGAAAUGAUUGUGGUGGAGAACUCCAAAGACAAUGAGGAAAACAUCUUGCAAAGAGAGGUCCCUCUCCGGCAGUCCCGCCGGCGGUACAGGAAGAUCAACCAGCGGGGCGAGCGCCAGACCAUCACAGACAACGUGGACACCAGCAGCUACGUGUCGCUCCCAGCUGACCUUACCAAGAUGCACCUCACGGACAAUCCCCACCCUCAGGUGACACACGUGCCCUCCAGCCAGUCUGGGUGUAGCAUUGCCAGUGACUCUGGGAGCAGCAGCCUGUCUGACAUCUAUCAGGCCACAGAAAGUGAGAUGGGAGAUGUUGAUUUAACGGGUCUUCCAGAAGCACCUGUGGACUCUGAAGAUGAAGAGGAGGAGGAGGAUGAAGACAUUGACAGAACUUCUGAUCCACUUCUAGGGCGAGAUGUUGUCCGAGAGUGCCUUGAGAAAGAGCCUGCAGAUAAAACUGAUGAUGACAUUGAGCAAUUAUUGGAAUUUAUGCAUCAACUCCCUGCCUUUGCAAACAUGACCAUGUCUGUGAGAAGAGAGCUUUGCUCAGUGAUGAUCUUCGAAGUGGUGGAGCAAGCAGGAGCCAUCAUCCUCGAGGAUGGCCAAGAGCUCGAUUCUUGGUAUGUUAUUUUAAAUGGCACAGUGGAAAUCAGCUAUCCUGAUGGGAAGAGCGAGAGUCUCUGUAUGGGAAAUAGUUUUGGGAUUACUCCCUCUCUGGACAAACAGUACAUGAAUGGAGUGGUCAGAACCAAAGUAGAUGAUUGUCAGUUUGUGUGUAUAGCCCAGCAAGACUACUGGAGGAUUCUGAACCAUGUGGAAAAAAACACUCAUAAAGUGGAGGAAGAGGGAGAAAUUGUGAUGGUGAAGGAGCACAGGGAGCUGGAUCGCAGUGGAACCAGGAAAGGCCACAUAGUUAUCAAGGCAACACCCGAGCGACUCAUCAUGCACUUAAUAGAAGAACAUUCUAUUGUGGAUCCCACCUACAUUGAAGAUUUCCUUUUAACAUACAGAACAUUUCUAGCAAGCCCCUUGGAAGUUGGAAAUAAACUCUUGGAAUGGUUCACAGUGGACAGCCUCAGGGAUAAGGUUACCAGAGUGGUCUUACUGUGGGUGAACAAUCAUUUUAAUGACUUUGAAGGAGAUCCUGCCAUGACUCGAUUCCUGGAAGAAUUUGAAAAGAACUUGGAAGAUACGAAGAUGAAAGGCCAUCUCAGGUUGUUGAAUAUUGCCUGUGCUGCCAAAGCAAAAUGGAGACAAAUCACGCUGCAAAAACCUUCCAGAGAUUCCCCCCUGUUUUUCAGCCUCCUCGGGGGCAGUGACAAGGGCUUUGGUAUUUUUGUAGAGACUGUGGAGAUGGGCAGUAAAGCAGCAGAGGCUGGACUCAAGCGUGGUGAUCAGAUAAUGGAAGUAAAUGGACAGAACUUUGAGAACAUUACCUUUGUGAAAGCUCUGGAAAUCUUAAGGAACAACACACAUCUCUCCAUUACUGUAAAAACAAACAUUUUUGUGUUCAAGGAGCUGCUCUGCAGGAUAGGACAAGAGAAGAAUGGAAUUCCACAUAUUCCAAAAAUUGCAGAAAAGAAAAACAACCGUUAUUCCAUCCCAGAUAUGCCUGGAGAUGUGGAACAGAUGUUUCCCCGGGAAAAAGGAAACAAGAAAAUGAAAGCAAACACUGUAUCUGGUGGCAGAAACAGAAUCAGGAAAAUCUUAGACAAGACCCGGUUCAGCAUCUUGCCUCCAAAACUGUUCAGUGACGGCAGCGUGAGCCAGUCGCAGGACGACAGCAUCGUGGGCACCCGGCAGUGCCGCCACAGCCUGGCCAUCAUGCCCAUCCCAGGGACCCUCUCCUCCAGCAGCCCUGACCUGCUCCAGCCCACAACCAGCAUCCUGGACUUCUCUAACCCCUCAGCUGUUGGGUUUUACUAUAUCCCGGAUCAGGUGAUAAGAGUUUUCAAAGCGGAUCAGCAGAGCUGUUACAUCAUCAUCAGCAAAGACACCACAGCCAAGGAGGUGGUGAGCCACGCUGUGCACGAGUUCAACCUGACAGGGGCCCCCGACACCUACUCCCUGUGCGAGGUGUCUGUCAGCCCUGAGGGCGUCAUCAAGCAGCGGCGCCUCCCGGAUCAGUUCUCCAAGUUGGCCGACAGGAUCCAGCUCAACGGACGGUAUUAUCUGAAAAACAACAUGGAGACAGAGACCUUAUGCUCAGACGAGGAUGCUCAGGAGCUGCUCCGGGAGAGCCAAAUUUCCCUGCUCCAGCUGAGCACCAUCGAGGUGGCCACCCAGCUCUCCAUGAGGGACUUCGAGCUGUUCCGCAACAUCGAGCCCACGGAGUACAUCGAUGACCUCUACAAGCUGGACUCCAAAACAGGGAACGCUCACCUGAAACAGUUCGAGGAUGUCAUAAACCAAGAGACCUUCUGGGUUGCCAUGGAAAUUUUAGCAGAGCCCAACCAGCUCAAAAGAAUGAAGAUUAUUAAGCAUUUCAUUAAAAUCGCUCUCCACUGUCGAGAAUGCAAGAACUUCAAUUCCAUGUUCGCGGUUAUAAGUGGGUUAAAUCUUGCGCCAGUAGCUCGGCUCAGAGGCACUUGGGAGAAGUUACCCAGCAAGUAUGAAAAGCACCUCAGAGACCUUCAAGAUCUUUUUGAUCCAUCUCGAAACAUGGCAAAAUACCGCAACAUCCUGAGCAGCCAGAGCAUGCAGCCUCCAAUUAUCCCACUUUUCCCUGUUGUCAAGAAGGAUAUCACGUUCCUGCAUGAAGGCAACGAUUCCAAAGUGGAUGGCCUGGUGAACUUUGAGAAGCUGCGAAUGAUUGCCAAGGAAAUCCGCCAAGUUGUCCGAAUGACCUCGGCAAACAUGGAUCCAGCUGUGAUGUUCAGGCAAAGGAAGAAGAGGUGGAGAAGUUUGGGGUCUCUGAGCCAGGGCAGCACGAACUCCAACAUGCUGGAUGUGCAGGGAGGUGCCCACAAGAAGCGUGCCCGCCGCAGCUCGCUGCUCAACGCCAAGAAGCUCUAUGAGGACGCGCAGAUGGCCAGGAAGGUGAAGCAGUACCUGUCCAACCUCAACGUGGAGACAGACGAGGAGAAGAUCCAGAUAUUGUCACUCCAGUGUGAGCCUGCCUACAGCACUUUGACGAAGAAUUUAAGUGAGAGAAGAGGAGGGAAAUCCUCAGAAAUGUCUCCAGUGCCCAUGAGGUCAAUUGGCCAAACCACGAAAGCCCAUCAGCAUCAACAGAACAGAAUGAGUCAAGUUCUUCAGGUGCCAACUGUGAAUUUGUACCCCAGCAGGAAAAAGGGGCUGACGAAGGAACAUGUCACAUUCAGUACAGGCUCCCCACAGAAGUCAUUAAGCUUGUCUGAGGAAGGAAGUAGUAAGAAACAAACAGAUGACACCAUGUCCAUGGCAUCUUCUUUGCACUCCAGCCCUCCUGCUUCUCCUCAGGGCUCCCCACGCAAAGUUGGCAACACUCAGAGGUCGGAUAACUGCAGUCAGAUGAACCUCUCUGGCUCUUCCUCCUCGCUGGCCAGCGAGACCAGCAACAAGACCAGUGGCCAGCGCAGCUACGGAAUAGGCUACGCCCUCAUCCCUUCCACUAAAUCCGACAACUUCUCCGACUCCAGUCACAGCGAGAUCUCGUCCCGCUCCAGCAUCGUGAGCAACUGCUCCGUGGAUUCCAUGUCAGCAGCACUGCAGGACGAGAGGGGCUUGUCCCAGUCCCUCAUCGUGGUGGAUUCCAGCGGGGCAGAGAGGAAGGAGCAUCCCCAGCCGCUGGUGGAUUAUGGCCAGCCCUGCCCAGGCUGGUCAAUCACCAGGCCUGCCCUGAUCAGAGGGAUGGCUUUCACCUCCUCCAUGAGCAGCGAGGAGAUCUCCCACGAGCACAUCACGGUGGAGGCAGCAGACAGCGGCCGGGGCAGCUGGACUUCGUGCUCCAGUAGUUCUCAUGACAACUUCCAGAACAUCCCCAACCAGAAGAGCUGGGAUCUCCUCAACUCUUACCGUCACACCCAGCUGGACGGACCUAUAGCUGAAGUGGAUCCCACAAACUGUUACUCUGAGGAGGGUUAUUUGUAUUCCAAAGCCAACAGGCAGUCGAAAGCCAGCGUGGAGCUCGAUCAGUCCCGGCAGAGCUGGGCCUCCUCCAGCUCCCUGUCAGACACCUACGAGACAAACUAUGGGACAAUUAAGCGCAGGGGGCUGGAGAACUCCCCGGCCGAGCAGACGGAGGUUUUGGACUCUAAACCAGGCGCUGAUACAACUUACAAAACUGUUACUUCCAGUACAGAAAAAGGCCUGAUAGUGUACUGUGUCACCUCACCUAAGAAGGACGAUAGGUAUAGGGAGCCACCGCCCACCCCUCCGGGAUAUAUGGGGAUUUCUUUAGCGGACAUAAAGGAAGGAUCGCCCCACCACCCACACCUCAAACCUCCAGACUAUAGUGUGGCAGUGCAGAGGUCAAAGAUGCUGCACAGUGACCUCUCUAGACUUCCAGCAGCUCCUCUGGGUGGUGACUGUCUCUCCUCGAGGAUGCCCCAGUGGCACGGCCGGCAGCCGUCCAGCCCCAAACUAGCAGAUAUGCCUGACGCAGAUAGUGAAGAGGAUGAAGAUGAACAAGUGUCAGCAGUUUAAGCGCUGGGCUGUUUGUGUGAACCACUCUCAGCCCGAGGGAUGUGGGGACAAGGACCUCGUGGUUCUGUUAGCGACCGCUAACGACUUGCUGCUACUGACCUCAGACCUUUGCCCCUGUCCUGGACGAGAUGGAACGGGUUGGAUUCUCCUCUCUACACCCUCCUUCCCUCUGCCACCCCCUAAGCAAGCUCUUUCUGCCUGGGAAAUAGGAAGUCACAUUCCAGGAGUGUGCUGACUGCCCGGAUACCAGCACUGGUACCCAGAGAUGGACCGAGCUUGGGGCAUGGGGAGGACCAGUUGUCACCACCACUUGAAACUCAAAAGCAUUCUUCUGUAUGAUACCAUGUAAUCCUUUGGUAGUUUUCCAUUGUCCUUAUUUUCUACAUGACCAUUAGAAAUCUGAGAGUGUUAUUUUAUGAACUUCGAAAAAAAAAAUUAUAUCAAAAUGUCAGCAAAAGCAAAGGACAUUGCUGAAGUAUCUGAAAAUAAUUUAUUAAUUUAAAUCUUUUUUUUAAAUGGGAAUUUCCUUUUAUUUGUGUUGGGAGUGCUCUGGUUGGCUAAUAUAAAUGUUUAGUCAAUGUGACGGUAAAUUAGCUACACAUCCACUGUUGUGCUCUCAAAAUAAACACAGAAAACUACAAGUGGGCCAUUACCAGGUGCAGAAAUCCAUGGAUUUUAGUGGGUUUAGAUUUAAUAUAAAUAGAGCCCAAAGCCCUGCAGAGCAGGGGGUGUCAGGCCCUGCUCCCCUCCCACGUGGACCCAGCAGAAACCUCCUGCCCUCCAAGGAUUUCUGGAAUUAUUGUAGCUGCCAGCCAACUAAGGCAACAGUUGGUGCUCUCCUCCCCUGUGAAGGAACCUUUGCAACGAGGAAGCUCUUGGGGAGCAUUUUGGGGGGGUCUGAAGCUUUCCCAAAAGAGCUUUACCCAGGUUUUGCCCUGCGGAGUUCAACAUGCAAAACGUGUUCUAAAAACCAAAACUCAGCCGUGUGUUGUGGGUUCUUUAAGAUCAUCCCACACGUCCUGGCCUUUUCCCAGAGUUGCACAGGAUUUAGGUACAAAGGUUAUCUUUGGGGAAAAAAAAAAAAAAGAAUUAUAAAUCACCUACAUUUCACAGUAAAAUUUGUGAAACUGAGUAUUAAAUGGCAUAAUGCUUAUAUAAGAGCAUAAUGCAUUUUAUGAUGGGUUAAAAAACCCUAUGGUUUUUUAAAUACAGAUGAUCUCAAACCAUUUUAUUUUAAAUCCUAGUUAAAAAUCCUGGUGGUGUUGAUGUCAAAGAGAGUUUGACUUACAGCCAGCCAGUAUUAACCCAUGAUACUCUAGUUUGACUGUGGUCAAAAAAAUUGCUUCUUUGAUUUUGCUUUUAGCCAGCCAGAGCUCAGAGGGGUAGAACUGGAAAUACCUGCAGGUUCUUUUCCUUCUUUUUCUUUUUUUCUUUCUCUUUUUUCCUUUCUUUUUUUUCUUU